CCAUUACUCGCGCGAGAGGGGGGUUCGUGACCCCUGCCCCAGCUGUCAACUGCGCUCGCGCAGCCGUGUCUGACUUUCCCACUCUGCCCCCGGUAGCAUGGCGUCAGGCGAGGAGGACGGUUCGGUUGAGGAGAAGGAAAACAACAACAAGAAGAGAACGAAAAGCGCCAUCGCGACAGCAUGGCUGACAUUUUACAACAUCGCCAUGACGGCCGGGUGGUUGGUGUUGGCGGUGGCGAUGGCUCGGUUCUACCUGCAGAAGGGCACUCAUAAGGGCCUGUACAGGAGCAUUGCCAGGACACUCAAGUUCUUUCAGACAUUUGCUUUACUGGAGGUUGGCCAUUGUGCAAUUGGAAUGGUGCGGACGUCAGUGAUCGUCACAGGGGUCCAGGUGUGCUCCAGGAUAUUCAUGGUCUGGUUUGUCACCAGCAGCAUCAAACAGGUCCAGAAUACAGAGAGUGUGCUACUGUUCCUGGUGGCGUGGACUCUAACAGAGAUCACUCGAUACUCCUACUACACCUUCAACCUGCUGCACCACCUCCCCUACUUCAUCAAAUGGGCCAGGUAUAACUUGUUCAUCGUGCUGUAUCCCCUGGGUGUGGUUGGUGAACUGAUGACCAUCUACACCGCUCUGCCGUUUGUGCGCAAGUCUGGAAUGUUCUCCAUGCGUCUCCCCAACAAGUACAACGUCUCCUUCGACUACUACAUCUCCCUCAUCCUCGUCAUGCUCUCCUACAUACCAGUGUUUCCACAGCUGUUCCUCCACAUGCUGCGCCAGAGGAGACGAGUUCUUCAUGGAGAGGUGAUCGUGGAGAAGGACGACUAGAUGCCCCACAACCUCCACAACCCAACCACGCUUCACCCAACAACCCACAAGAGCACAACCCAACCACCCCAACCCAAACCAAACAGACCACAACCCAACCACACUCCACCCAAACCAAACAGACCACAACCCAACCUCCACAACCCAACCACCCCAAACCAAGCAAACCCAACCCCAACCACGCUCCAUCUCCUCACAACUCCUCCAGUCACAAACAAACUGACACCCCUUCUACCCAAUCAGGAUCCGCCUCAAUUACACCCCUCCUCCAGUCAUGGCCUUCUGAUUGGGUGAGCUGUUAGAGAGGGGGCGGAGCCUGGAGGAGGCCCAGAGCUGGACGAUGUGGCUCCCAGAAUGCAACAGGAGCUCAACCAGCCAUCGACCGGCAGCAGCGGGCACUCACUCAUCUGACCAGCAGCAGUCUGUCCGUGCAGUAGACCUGAGCGCUUCCUUAACACACUCCCAGGCGUGGCCCAGAUGAGGCAGCAGGCGUCUGACGUCUGUAAAGGUCCUGCCCAGAUGAAGCAGAUGGCUACUGGUCCCCAGCCGUGUGUGUGGUGUGUGUGUGCGUGUGUGACGGAGCAUAUAAGAUAAGUGUGUGCUGGCUGUCGUGGAAUUCGCCUUAUUCACCCGGCGGCUAGAACGAGGCUACAGGGUACACUUGCCACUACGCCUCAGUCCAGCAGAUGGUGCUAUUACACCUCAGUCCAGCAAAUGGUGCUAUUACACCUCAGUCCAGCA